AUGAGUCUGUGGAACGAUUUCGUCGCUGGCACCGCUGGCGGGUUUGCAGGGGUGCUGAUUGAGCACCCGUUUGACACCAUCAAGGUGCUCCUGCAGACGUACGGUGGCACGCGGUACGCUGGUUACACGGACUGCAUCACAAGGCUGUUUCGACAAGAUGGUGUCAUAGGUUUUUACCGCGGUGUCACGGCACGUUUCGUCGCCUCCGGCUUCGAGCACGCGUGGGUGCUCGCGACGUACAAGUGGACGCUGCGCUUGAUCGGUGCGGGUGAUCGACCCACUCUACCGGAGAUUCUACUGGGCGGGUGCGGCAGCGGCGUGGCAGCGACGGUGUGCUUGACACCGUUCGAAUUGGUGAAGUGUCGCAUGCAGGUCGAUGAUACCAAGGGCCAGCGACGGUACCGCGGCUCGCUGGACUGUGCCCAGCAGGUUUUUCGUGAGCACGGCUGCAAGGGGCUAUACAGGGGCGGCGUUGCCAUGCUCUGCCGCGAGGUACCCGGCUCGGUGGCGUGGUGCGGCACGUACGACAUACUGAAGAGCUGGAUGACACCAGAGGGCAUGCCGACGCAGAGCCUGCCGCUGUGGAAGCUGAUGAUCGCUGGUGGUUGGAGCGGCGUUGCCUUCUGGACAGCCUUCUACCCCUCUGACAUGGUCAAAACCCGCAUCCAAGUAGACCCCGCGUACGAAAAGCUGAGCCUCUGGGGGGCGAUGACGCGCGUGUAUCAGACGGAAGGUCUGCGCGCCCUCUAUCGAGGCUGGGCCCUUACGGCGGUCCGCUCCUUCCCUUCUAACGCCGUCAUCUUUGGCGUCUUUGAUUGCUGCAACCGCGCGCUGUCCCCUGAGCCUCCACUGGCGGCGGAUGUGCCAAGCACGUGGAGUGGGCAUGGCGCAGCAUCCUAA